AUGGAGCUGCUGGUGCUGUUCAACGCCCUGGUCACCCGGCUGCUCUUUGUCCUCCACUCGCUGCUGGGCGUCUGGAGGGUGACCGAGGCGAAGCGGGACCCCCGCUGCUGGCUGCUGGCCCUGCUGCAGCUCCUCCUCUGCCUGGAGGGGGCGCUCACGCUCAAGCUGAAGCGGGGCAGGGGCUACAAAUGGUUUUCCCCAGCAAUAUUUCUAUAUCUGAUCAGCACAGUCCCUUUAUUGUGGCUUUUGGAACUUCAUCCAGAAAAUCAGUUUUGCCUUAAUGAAUCUCAGCAGCCUGUGCAGAAUAUCAGUGAAAGAGAGGAACGUAAUUAUAAAAGUGAUACCACAGACAGUCAUAUACUAGAGAAGGCCCUGUAUCUCGUCAAUACCCUCUCCACGGUGUGUGAGAAAGUCUGGACACUCAGUCUCCACCAGACAUUUUUGCUGCUCCUGAUCAUUGGGAGAUGGCUUCUUCCUAUUGGCGGUGAAAUUACUCGGGACCAGUUGUCACAGUUGCUUCUCAUGUUUGUGGGCACAGCCGCAGAUAUUCUUGAAUUCGCAAGCGAGACCCUGGAAAUAGAGGAUGUAAGGAAGAAUCAUGCUCUUGUGUAUGCUAUUCUUGCUGUGUGGACUUGGAGUAUGUUGCAGUUUCCACUGGAUCUUGCAGUGCAACACGUUGGCUGCAAUUCAUCUGUCUCAUCCAAGAGAGUUUUCAGUUUGCUCCUCUACCGACAUAGUGCAGACCUCUGGAACAUUGGCAUUGGCUUGUUCAUCCAAGACGGCCCUUUUCUUGUUGUGCGCUUGAUCCUGAUGGGCCAUUUCAAAGUCAUUACUCAGAUGCUGGUGUUUUUCACAGCGAAGAAUAUCUUAAGUGUGAUGUUACAACUGUACCGGCUCAUCGUGUUAUCAUUAGACUUCCACGCAUCGCUGCGGUAUCAGUCAAACAGCCGGAAAGGAGGAGUCAGUUGUUGCCCAUGUGAUCCGAACCAUAUCAGCCUUCCGCCCAACAACUGUGAUGGAAGGGAGUGUGCUACUAUUCCUCUUGAGGACUCCUUACCAGUUACCGCUGAAUGCUAGUGAACUCUGAUCUUUUAUUUUUGACAUUCCGUUGUUUUCACC